AAAGAAAUGAUCAGUUAUAAAGAGGGCAUUUCAGCUUAUUUUGUAAACUAGAGGGGUAUUGAGCCAGUUAUCCAUUGUUUCAGGGCAAGCCAGCCAUUGAUGAGAGAGAAAGAGAGAGAGAGAAAGAAAGAGAGAGAAAAGAAGGUAUUAUGCAAUCGGAGAUGGCGAAAGACACGGUUGCUUCGGAGAAAUCACCGAUUAAGCUACUUCAGGAGACGAAAGCCUCCGUCGAGGGAGUCGUCGCAAGGAUGCUCUCUAUCAAAAAAGAAGGAAACCCCAAAUCCGAGAAUCGCGAACUCCUCACUCAGAUGUUUCUCAACUUCAUCAAUCUGCGUCAGGCGAAUCGUGCGAUUCUGACGGAAGAAGAAAAAGUGAAAUCUGAGACGGAGCUAGCAAAAUCUCCGGUAGAUUUCACGGCCUUGCAGCUUCACAAUCUGAUGUACGAGAAGAGCCAUUACGUCAAAGCUAACAAAUCUUCAAGAGAAUUCAAAUCCAGGUAUCCCAACAUCGAUCUCAUAUCCGAACAAGACUUCCUCAGAGACGCUCCCGAAGCAAUCAAAUCCCAAACGCUCUCAAAUGAUAGUUCCCAUGAUUUGAUGCUUAAAAGACUCAAUUUUGAGCUCCAUCAGCGGAAAGAACUAUGCAAGAUUCGAGCUAAUUUGGAACAACAGAAGAAGAGUUUGCUGGAAACUAACGCAGAGCGUAACAAGUUUCUUUCAAGUCUUCCUUUGCACCUGAAAUCACUAAAGAAAGCAUCUUUGCCAGUACAGAACCGGUUGAGUUUGCCGAAUCCGAAGAUGCUAAAGCAUCAUAAUCUAGCUGAGCUUCUUCCUCAGCCGCUUUACGUCAUCUACUCGCGGUUCAUGGCGCAAAAGGAAGCUUUCGAAGAGAGUAUCGAUCUCGAGGUAUCCGGAAGUCUUAGGGAUGCUCAAACUUAUGCUCGGCAGCAAGCAGAGAGUGAUGAUGAUGGGAAAAGGCAAAGGAAGCGACUCAAGAAAGAGAUUUCUGAUGAUGCUGGACUAUAUCGAGUCCAUCCUCUUGAAAUCGUCCUUCACGUGUAUGAUGAUGAGACUCAAGAUCCGAAAUCCCAUAAACUCGUGGUGCUCAAGUUCGAGUACUUGUUAAAGUUGAAUGUUGUAUCUGUUGGCACUGAAGAGUCUCAUAAUGUCCUAUGCAACUUAUUUUCAGACGAUGCUGGACUUGAGCCUCCUCAUCAGUCAGCUAAGCUCAUUCUCGGAGAUGAUCAUGCGUUUGGCGAGAGCAGAACCUCGAGGCCAUAUAAGUGGGCGCAACAUUUGGCCGGGAUCGAGAUUUUACCUGAGAUGUCACCGUUUUUAACUGACAAGGAUACUCAGAACAGUGAGACAGCUUCUGCGUCUGAUCAGCGCAAUGUGCAAACUGUUCUACAAAAAUUACGGUCUCUGAAAAAGGCUAUAAGCUGACUCUUGUGUGAGUCGAACCACCACUCUGUAGUUUGUUUUGCAUCUUUUGAUUAGUAGGAGAACUAUGGAAAGUGAUAGUUUGUGAUAUUUGUAAGUCAGGUUUUAAAGUUAUUGGUAUCUGAUAUUUGAAGGCGUUCAUGAUAAGCAAGACUUCUAAUGUCAUGGUAUGUGGCAUAAAGCCUUCAAACGUUACAAUAGAUUCUAAUGUCAUGGUUACAGCUUCUAUUGCAGAUAUAUUGUUCAUAAUCAACAGGGCAUUUGGUCUAGUGGUAUGAUUCUCGCUUUGGGUGCGAGAGGUCCCGAUUCUCGGAAUGCCCCUUUGAUUCUAAUGUCAUGUUUUGUAUGUCAACUAGAUUUUUGUUAGUGACGUUCCUAUGAUUUUAACAUUAGUAACGGCAACAUA